ACUUUAGCAGAACUUCAUUUAUCAUGCGCCAUCCCAAUAAACCUGGCAAAAAUCUAUAACGGUGCAUUUGUGGCCUGUUUCGGGAGAAAGAGAAUUUGUUAGCAAAGGAUGGCAACAGAUGAUCAGGAGGUGCCUGAAGGAUCUGUCCAGAACAUACUAAGCCAAGAGACCCUCAAGUGGGUCUUCGUCGGAGGCAAAGGCGGUGUCGGGAAAACCACUUGCAGUUCCAUUCUCUCGAUCCUUCUGUCUAGGGUCAGAUCGUCUGUAUUGAUCAUAUCCACUGACCCAGCUCACAAUCUGAGCGAUGCUUUUCAACAGCGUUUCACCAAGGCCCCCACUUUGGUCAAUGGCUUCAACAAUUUAUACGCUAUGGAAGUCGAUCCUAAUGUUGAAAACGAGGACGUAGGCGGAAAUGAUGGAGUGGACAGUGUGUUUUCUGAGCUAGCGAAUGCAAUUCCUGGAAUCGAUGAGGCUAUGAGUUUUGCAGAAAUGUUGAAAUUGGUGCAAACGAUGGAUUACUCUGUUAUUGUAUUUGAUACGGCUCCAACUGGUCAUACACUCCGGUUAUUACAAUUUCCAUCAACUUUAGAGAAGGGGCUUCAAAAAAUGAUGUCUUUGAAAAGUAAAUUUGGUGGGUUAUUAAGCCAGAUGACCCGAAUGUUUGGCGUUGAAGAAGAAUUUGGUGAAGAUGCCCUUUUGGGAAGGCUUGAGGGCAUGAAAGAUGUGAUUGAGCAAGUGAAUAGGCAAUUCAAAGACCCAGAUAUGACAACCUUUGUCUGUGUUUGCAUCCCGGAAUUUCUCUCACUCUAUGAAACAGAGAGAUUGGUGCAGGAACUUACCAAAUUUGAGAUAGAUACACAUAAUAUUAUCAUUAACCAAGUACUUUAUAAUGAAGAAGGUGUUGAAUCUAAAUUGCUCAAAGCAAGAAUGCGGAUGCAACAAAAGUACCUUGAUCAGUUCUACAUGUUGUAUGAUGACUUCCACAUCACCAAAUUGCCAUUAUUGCCAGAAGAGGUUACUGGGGUUGAAGCUCUGAAAGCUUUCUCAAGUCAUUUUGCGACACCAUAUCAGCCUUCCACAGGUGGAGGCACAGUGGAAGAGUUGGAACGAAAGAUAGAUGCCCUAAAGCAGCAAUUGACAGAUGCUGAAGAAGAAUUAGAGAAACUCCGGAAAGGAAAGCAGAUUGCCUAAUUGCGACCAUUCACCCAUUUUUCUUGAGAUUACAAUAAAAUGGCAUCCGCUUACUUCAACUGCAAGAGAAGUGGAUCCCAUAUUUCACUUUUGAAUGAUGUUCUGUUUAGAUUGAUUAAUCUUGUGUUUUUUCUGUGGUAGAUUAAUUUAUAUAUGGAUGUUUUUUUGUACCCUCUUCACAAUAAGCGGGAUUUUAUUGUUAUUAUUAAUAUUAUUGUCAAAGAUAAAGAUUUCAUUUUGAAACUGAA